UGAUAUGAUCUAAGUAACAAAUGGUUAGCUAAUAAAUACGCCGAAACACGGUUUUCUUAGUUUUAUCAAAUUUAAUGUUAAAAAUUUAGCUCAAUACUUUCCAAAGGUGUAUGAAAUAAUGUCAACUGAAUCUGAAGCUUUUAGUAGGUGUGAAUCAAAUUCUGGUGAAAAAACUCCAAAAGAAAACUUUCAAAUAAGACCAACCCAAAACGAAAAAUUCAAAACUAUUUUAGCUAAAGAAAUUAUUCAAGAAACACUUCAUAAAUAUCUUAAAGAUAAAGAUUAUAGUCAGAUCAGUGCUGAAACAUUGAGUAAAACUAUUGCCAGUGAAAUUAAAGAUCAACUAAAAGAGAAAUGCAUAAAUAGCCGCUUUAAACUUAUGGUACAAGUAGUCUUAGGAGAGAGACAUGGUGCUGGUAUCAAAAUUGGUGCUCGAUGUAUUUGGGAUGCUGAUACUGACACACUAGCUUCAGAUCAAUUUUUAAAUGAGACAAUAUUUUGUAUGGCCGUAGUCUUUGCAGUAUACUUUUAUUAGUUUUAUUUCAAAUAAUUUCUAUGUAAAAAAAAAAAAAAAUUUGUGUUAUUUUUUUAUACGUAACAUAAUAAUUUAAAAUAACAAAAUAUUGUAUUUUUUCA